AUGAGUCUUCCAAUGCAAAUCUCUUUGGUACUCCCAAGAAAACGAUGACUUCAAAACUCCAAAAUGCCACCGUCAUUCAUGGAAACGCACAUACAUUGACAUUCUUAGUUCUACUUUUCCCUCUCUCUACUUCUCUUUAAAAAGCGGUUACACCUCCCCAUUUCUUCAUAUCUACAACAAUCUUUCCAUCUCCAGAAACGAACGAUGGAGGUUAACGGAGACAACCCCGAAAAACACCUUGUGAAGCUCAAAUGUUCUGUUCAAAACUACGAUUGGGGUCGAAUUGGCUACGAUUCGAGGGUUGCUAGGCUGUUUGAAAGGAAUUGUGGGGGUCAAAUUGAGGAAAACAAGCAUUACGCUGAGUUUUGGAUUGGUACUCAUGUUUCUGGACCCUCGUUUGUUGAAGAGACUGAUAAUGUGAGUUUGAAGAACUGGAUUUUGCAAAACCCUAAGGUUUUGGGUGAUGUUGUUGUUCAGAAGUGGGGACGUGAUCUUCCGUUCUUGUUAAAGGUUCUUUCAGUGGGUCGAUCAUUAUCAAUUCAAGCUCAUCCAGAUAAAGAAUUAGCAGGAAUCCUUCAUAAACUGCAACCAAAUAUGUAUAAAGAUGCAAAUCAUAAGCCUGAAAUGGCUUUAGCAUUAACUGAAUUUGAAGCCUUAUGUGGGUUCAUUAGUUCUGAGGAACUUGAUCUUGUGCUUAAAAGUGUUCCAGAAAUCAAUGAAGUGAUUGGGAAUGAAAAUCGGGAUGUGAAAGAAGAUCGAGUUCUUUGGUCAAUUUUUACAAAACUCAUGUCAAUUGAUCGAGAGACAAUUUCCACAACAUUGUCAAGAUUAAUUACUCGUCUAAAUAUGGAAAAGGAGAUAAGGCAGUUAAGUAGUAAAGAAGAAUUGGUGUUGAAGCUUGAGAAACAAUACCCUAAUGAUGUUGGGGUUUUAGCCGCCUUACUUUUUAACCAUUUAAAAUUAAACCCCGGUGAAGCUUUAUACAUCGGAGCAAAUGAGCCCCACGCCUAUUUAACCGGUGAGUGUGUCGAAUGCAUGGCUGCUUCUGACAACGUUGUUCGUGCUGGCCUUACUCCAAAGUAUAUGGACGUAAAAAUACUUUGCUCCAUGCUCACUUAUAACCAGGGGUUACCUGAAAUCUUGAAAGGGGUGCCUUUAAAUCCAUAUACAAGAAGAUACACGCCACCAUUUGAAGAGUUUGAGGUUGACCGGUGUGUGUUGACCGAAGGAGCGACGGUUGUUUUUCCAGCUGUCCCGGGGCCCGCAGUUUUUGUGGUUAUAUCAGGAGAAGGAUCAAUGCUGACAUCAUCAUCGGAAGAAUCAGUGUCAGUAUCAGUGUCGGAAGGUUCCGCGUUAUUUGCACCGGCUGGAACUGAGGUUUGUGUGAGUACCGAAUCAAAGGUGGAGUUGUAUAGAGCUGGAGUCAAUAAUAAGGUUCUUAUGAACACAACACCGAUGAUAUAACGUUAUUAUGUGAUAUAGUAAUGACUCAUGUUUUGUAUAUGGUUUGAUAAUUACAAAAGUUAUAUUAAAUGAAAUAAAUGAGAUUAUACAUCGUA